UCUAAUAUAUUUUUCAUAAAUAGGUUUUCAAUUUCUUUAAUUUCUUUGCUAAUAAUUUCUUUAAAUAAUUUUUUAAUCUAUUUUCAUAUCUAUCUCUUUUCCCUCCAUUUCUAACCAAUCCAAAUCUGGUACAUCCAACAUACCUUCUAUUACAUAUCUUAAAUGGUUGGCUUCAUAAUAUCCUUUUAUAUUAGGGAGGCCUAACCCUCUCUUUUUCUGAGACUCGUACCAAAAUUGUUUAUUUAAUCUACUUCCUUUUCCCCCAUUACAAUAUACAUUUAGUAACUGUUGCCAUUUACCUAAUUCUACCUCUGAUAUUUUUAGUGGUAUCAUUCUGAAUAAAAAAUUUAAUUUUGGUAAAAUUUUCAUUUUGACUAAUGCUAUUCUUCCAAACCAUGAUAAUUGAAUUUUCUUAUAUUCUACUAUUUUUUUUCAACUUCUUUCCGUAGUACUAUAAAAAAAAAUCUAUUUCUUUUAAGUCUUUCAUUAUAUUAGUUCCUAAAUAUGUUAUAUUACUUUUCAUUCUUCUCCCUAACUCUUUUUGUUUCAUAAACUCCAAUUCUUCUUUUUUUUGCAUAAUUAAAUAACAUCAUUUCUGAUUUAUGCCAAUUAAUUUGAAGUCCUGUUAUCUCUCCAAAUAGAUUCAAAUGUUCCUUAAUUUUUCCUAUUUUGUCCUUUAAAUCUUUAAUAGUUAAUAACGUGUCGUCAACAAAUAAACUGAUUUUAUGGGUUUUUUCCAAUCCUAUUCCUUCCAAACAACUAUCUUUCCUUAUAACAUUUGCUAACAUUUCUAUAACCAUUGCAAAUAAUAUUGGUGAAAGCGGGCAUCCUUGUAUUGUACCUCUCAUUACUAUUCCCUUAUUUUUUAUUCCUUUCCAAGCUUUUUCAUAAUUAUAUUUAAUGUUGGCCAUUCCACACAGUCAAAAGCUUUAAAUAUAUCUAAUGCCAAAAUUCCUGCUUUUAAUUCCCCCCCCUCCCCCCAUUACAUGGAUUUUGCUCAAAACUUCCUACGAUUCAGUUCGGCCUGGAAUGUGGUUCCUGCUAUCUUUGCACCAGACCGCUGCCGGAGAGGCCGCAGGAAGGCCCAGGCAGAGAAGGCCAGGCUGCAUGGCGGGGAGACCUGGAGAUGGAGGAGGCAGGCCAGGCCAGGAGGAUGGAGGGAGGCAUGGCCGGGUGGAUAGACCAAGGAAAAGCCGCUGCCAGUGGGAACUCAGCAGCGAAUCCAAAUCUGUCUGGUUCCCACUUUAUUUAUUUCUAAAUAAAUCGAUUCAGCCCAAAAAACACCCCAUUAUACAAGCGUCUUUUUGACGCAGGUCAAAUGGGUAAUAACCAUGAUUCCCCUUUCCGAAUCGCUUCAGCGAUUCGAAUUAAGUGGGAAACAUGGUGAUUUAAGCUGAAUCAUUUGUAAUCAUAAUCUGGUUUAAACCAUAGUGGGAAUUAGGCCCUUAUUUAUUUUUCCUCCCUCCCUUUAUGUCUAUUAUUAUGUCCCCUCUUAGGCUUCUCUUUCCCAAGGUAAACCUACCCUGCUGCCGAAGCUGUUCCUUUUGGGGCUCAGUGUAUUCUGGAGUCAGUGUGGCUGCAGCCUUCCCAGUCCAAGGCCAGAGGCCAAACGGGGGCUGGGAGGAGGGGAGAGAAAGGGGGCUGCUAAUCUGGAAACCCCAUUCUCUCGACUUUAUUUCUGCCUGCCACCAACUUGCAGCCUUCCUGGAUGAGAUGGGACCCCUUUGCCCACGGCGUUCUCCAGCUGAUUCCCCCCCUGGAUCCUCUUGAGAGGGAGGGAGGAAGGCUCUUCCCACCCCAGAGGCCCCUGCUUAGGGCCCAUCUCUGUGCUGUGCCAAUGGGCUGGAGGGCCCACUGUCUGCCUAGGAAACUGCUUCAGAGUUCCUUGGCUUGGCUUCCCAUUUGCUGGCGGCUGCCCUCCCUUCUCCAGUUGAUAACAUAUUCUUUGCUCUCAUGUCAAACAGACAAGCGGUUUACCCAGCGCUGAAGGAUGCAGGGCCUGGAGAUGAGGAAGGAGCUCCGCUCGGCAGCCAUUCCUUGAGCAAUGAUUCAUGAGCAGGCCUACUAGAACCAAUGGAGGACCUAGAUAGCCCAGGGAUGUCCAGUGAGUCCGGACAUGCUCAGAGGGCCUCUCUCGAACGACGGGGCUCAGCCCAAGACUCUGAGCUGUGGCACGAAGGCCGCUUGGCGCAGCCGGAGGAGGGAUAUCCAUCGUUUCCGCACUCUACCGCGCCCAGCUGCUGCAACCUGUCCCGAGAUCGGGAGGGAGCGGCUGCCAUGGAGGACAAACCCAGGAGUGUGAGGAGCACCGCAACGAGCGGCUCCCCUCCUCCCCAAACACUCCCACCAGAGCUUUCUGCCCUGGUUUCCUUAAUUGCCACGCAGGCAGUGGCAUUUUCCUCCACUGCCUCCCAAGCCUCCCUCCCACCCAGUGGCUCAAGCCUCGGCUGCCCCUUCGGCCCAAGAGUCUGGGUCAGAUAGACAUAGCUACCUUUCCCAUAGGGCCAGAGAGUCUUCCCUCUCCCCUCCUGCUUCCUGCUCCUCCAGGGAUCCCAUCCCCCAAUCAGAGAGGGACAAAUUUCUGCCCAAAAGUUCCCUGGCGCGCAAACACAAAAAAGGAGGGGAAAAGGGAGGGGAAAAGACCAUUUUGGCUCCUCCUUAUUCCCUGGGCUCCAAACUUAAGAGAAGGGCGCCAUCUAGGGGCAAAACAUCUCAGGCCAAAAAAUUCAAACCUCAGCCAACUAGAUCAUCUGAAGAUGAGAACCUUUCCAGAUCACAAUCCAGUUCUGUCUCUGAAUCAGAGGAAGGAGAGUGGCCUGACGAGGAUGAAGAGGAAGACCCAACUGGGACUUCCUCUUCGGCUAGACUUUUCCCUGCCGAUGACUUUCCUAUCUUAUCGAAGAAGGCAAUCGGAACCCUUGAACUUGAGGCUAAACCACAGCCUACCCAACAAGAUGACACCGAUCUACCUAAAGGCAAAGGUGAAUCCUUUCCAAAACCUUCACCAUCCUCUGAUGAGGUUCCUUUUCCAUCUGAUUUCAUGAGAGUAAUCAAAGAUGAAUGGUCCAAACCUGCCACAGUCAGACCCAAUCCUAGCUCUGUAAAAAAGUUUUAUUCCCUGCCUCAGAAUGUAAUGACCAAACUACAGAUCCCCUUAGUGGAUGCUCCGGUUUCCUCUCUUGUUACAUCGGCCGUGUACGCUAGAGAUGGGGAAGAAUCACUCAAACUGCCUGAAGACAAAAGGGCCGACUCUGCCCUUAAGAGGUGCUUUGAGGCCUCUUCCACUGCAAUCAGGGCUGCAUCAUCUACCUCCAUCCUAACCAGGGCAGCACAUCUAUGGGCUAAAGACCUUAUGCUAGAAGUCCCCAAGGGCAACACUAGACUCUGUCAAGGAAUCAACAAAUUACUUAAGGUUCUAGCAUUCGCUGCCAAUUCCUCCCUUGACAUCGUUCAAUUCAGCUCACGUGCUCAGGCGGCCUCAAUACCAGUCAGAAGAUGCCUUUGGCUAAAAAACUGGCAAGUAAAUACUCGCUCUAAACAAAACCUGACACUGGCUCUCUUCAGUGGAACCAAACUGUUCGGUGAAGCCCUAGACCCGGUACUUAUUGAGACUAAAGAUAAGAAAAAGGCUCUUCCAUCUACCACUCACCAAGACGAUAGAAGGCCCUCCUGUCAAGGUCAACAGUCCUUUCGUUAUUCAGACUUGGUCCUCAACUACCUCAGACAAAUGGGUAGUGUCUACCCUGUCCUCGGGAUAUCAGAUAGACUUUACUCAAACUCCAAGGGAUCAUUUCAUUAUUUCCCCCAAAUCCCAAAGGCCACACAAACACCAGUUAAUGUUAGAAGCAAUCAACCAUCUAUUACAGAUUGGGGCAGUCGAACCCGUUCCCCCUCCUCAAAUCACGAAAGGGUCCUAUUCCAUCAUUUUUCUAUUCCCAAAAAGAGACAAAUCAUGGAGAUCAGUCCUCGACUUGAAAAGAGUCAAUAGACGUGUCCCCAAAUGUCGCUUCCGGAUGGAAACGCUCAAGACUAUUCUAGAAUCUCUCCAUCCAGGCGACCACUUAGCUUCUGUGGAUUUGACUGAAGCUUAUUUACAUAUUCCGGUUCACAGGAACCACUGAAAGUUUCUACGCUUCUGCUACCACAAAACUCACCUCCAAUACGGGGCCCUUCCCUUCAGCCUAUCAUCGGCUCCAAGAGUAUUUACCAAAAUCAUGAUAGCUCUGGUGGCCCAUUGGAGACUUCAGGGGAUCCGUGUCUUCCCCUGCUUGGACAAUCUCCUGAUCGCCUCCCCUUCUCCAUCUCAGGCGACAAGAGAUGUCAAUGUCAUUCUCUCAUCACUACAUCACCAUGGUUUUCUGGUAAAUCAUGGGAAGAGCCACCUUUCCCCUAACCAACGCAUACAUCAUUUGGGAGUGAUUAUAGAUACCAGAAAAAGUCUGAUAUCUCUUCCACCAGAAAGGAUCAAAACGAUUCAAGACACGAUCGCAUUGAUAACCAAGAAUCCAUCACCAAACCUCUUCCUUCUCGCAAGGCUACAGGGGCUCAUGAUAGCAGCCUCCCAAUGUGUUCCCUGGGCCCGAUUU